ACUUGUCUGAUGAACUGAAACUUCCCUGGAGAGACCGAGGGAGGAAGAUGGCGGGCACUGACCGUUCCCGGUCCGAAGCGGCGAAGCAGCGGCGUCAGGAUCAGCUGCAGCGGUGGCGGAGCUCGGAGACCGAGCGGACCGGAGCGGAGGCGAGGAGCCAGGGCCCCGCUCCUGGGAACCGACGGGCCAGAGUGCGCUUCGCCCAGGGAGCGGUGUUCAUGGCCGCCUGCUCCGCCGGAGACCGGGAGGAGGUCGCGGAGCUCCUGAGACAGGGAGCGGAUAUCAACCACGCCAAUAUCGACGGUCUAACGGCGCUGCAUCAGGCCUGUAUUGAUGAAAAUGCAGAAAUGGUUCAGUUUCUGGUGGAGAGCGGCAGUGAUGUGAACAGAGGAGACAAUGAAGGCUGGAGACCUCUGCACGCCGCCGCCUCCUGCGGCUUCAUCCAGAUCGCUAAGUACUUGAUUGAACACUGCGCUCAUGUAGGAGCGGUGAACAGCGAGGGAGAACUUCCUCUGGACGUGGCCACAGAGGAUGCCAUGGGGAGGCUGCUGAAAGCAGAGAUCAAAAAACAGGGUAUUGAUGUGGAUCAGGCCAGGAGAGAGGAAGAGCGAGUGAUGCUGCAGGAUGCGAUGGCCGUGUUGGCAGGAAGUGGCUCUCUGGUUCCUCAUCCGAACACUCAGGCCACAGCGCUGCACGUCGCUGCUGCUAAAGGAUACAUCGAGGUGUUAAAGGUGCUGUUGAAGUGUGGGAUAGAUGUGGACAGUCGAGACAGUGAUGGAUGGACGGCUUUUCACGCGGCGGCUCACUGGGGACAGGAAGAGGCCUGCGUUCUGCUGGCUGAACACAUGUGUGACAUGAAUGCCGUCAAUAACGUGGGCCAGACUCCACUCGACGUAGCCGAUGAAAACAUUGUUGAUAACUUGGAAGAACUGCAGAAGAAGCAGAACGCUAUGCGUUUAGAGAAACAGAAGAUCCAGACGCCCGUCAUUGAGACCAGCCCACCUGUUUCCACGGCACUAUCCCGCCCUCGCAGGACGUCCAUCUCUCGUAUGAGCAGCAGAGAGAAGAUCACCCUUCACGAGCGAGAGAAACUUGCUCCGCCCACACUCCAGACUCCGCCCACAGAAGAAGAUGAAGAGGAGUCGGCGCGCACAGCCGGCCAAUCAAAACCCUCCAGCAGCUCCAGUUCAGAGGAAGACAGCGAAUCAGAGAGUGACGCCGAGUCAGAAAAAGCAAAAACUCGAGAAAUGAUCAACAACUUGAACAACAAACGCAAUGCAGCGUCCUCCGUGAGUUCUGUGAGCAGCACUGCCCUUAACCAGGUUAAACAGGCUGAACCUGUCCGGACCCCGGUGACUGAGGCUCCUGGUUCCUGGAGAACGUCUUUGCGUAAAGCAGGCAGUUCUGUGACCCUGGGCUCUGCCGUGACCUCUGACCCAGCCAGCGAGGCCCUCAAGGACCCCGAGACUAAACUGGGAAUGUCACGGUCUGCAUCCAGUCCCAGACUGAGCUCUGAAUCUGACAAUAAGAAUGAUGUAAUUUGUGUUCAGGAGCCCAGGUUGGCCCGUGUCCAGCCCACUCCGUCCAGACGCCUCUUCAGCAUCUCUGACACCAGCACUAACCCUGAACUCUCCAGCAGCUUGCUGAGCCGGAGCUCUUCAUACACGCGCCGAUUGAACAGCCAGUCCAGCGGUGAAGUGUCGGCUCCCAACCCCUCGUUACCUCGCAGCUCAUCUUAUGGAAGGAAACUUGACGACCCUUCGGUGACCUCUGUAACCACGGCGACCUCUGGACUGAGUCGCCUCAAUAACCUGAUCGCUCAGAGACUGGCUCAGGAGGAGGCUGAAAAGAAGGAGCCUGUCCCGAAUUCUGUAACCACGAGCACGUCAGGCGAGCCAGAGACCAAACAGAGACGCAAGUCCUAUCUGACUCCAGUGCGUGAUGAAGAAGCAGAAGCUCAGAGAAAGGCUCGAUCCAGACAUGCGCGUCAGUCCAGACGCUCCACGCAGGGAGUUACUCUCACAGACCUGCAGGAAGCGGAGAAGACGAUGAAGACGGAAAACAAGGAGAAGGAGAAGAAAGAAGAGGAGGAGAAAGAAGGGAAGCAAAAGAAGGGAGAGGAAGGGGAAGUGAGCUGGCGGUCUCGUAUUGCUAACCUGCAGAAGUCAGAUUUGCUGGGACUCACACUUCCUCCUGGUGCUCCACGUCCCGACAGACAGGAUGCAGACAGUGAGGAGCGAGCGAUGGAGCGCAGGAGAGCCAGAGCGAGGAGGAGAGGGAAAACCGGAGAGAGCGAUGACAAUGACCCCAGUGGAGAGGAGAGUAGCAGUGGGCGGGACCCACAGACAGACAGACACACGAGCAGCAGGUCUGAUUCGGUCUUGAAUGAUUGUAUUCUCACGAGAGGAUCAGAGUCCAGGGACUUUAAGAAGAUGUUUGAGGAGAUGUCCAGAGAGAACCGCCAUCUGCAGUCACAGUUAUCAGACACACAGAGAACCAUUUCCCUGACCCGGGCGGAUCUGGAAAAGGCCACACAGAGGCAGGAGAGAUUCACGGACUGCACGGCUCUAAUGGAAAUGGAAAAGAAGGAGAAAAAGAUGUUGGAGAGGCGUGCCUCUGAGUUAGAAGAGGAGUUGAAGGUUUUAGGAGAUCUGAGAGCCGACAACCAGAGGCUGAAGGACGAGAACGGCGCGCUCAUCAGGGUCAUCAGCAAACUCUCCAAAUAGAGCGAGAGGAGGAGCAGACGACAGACAGAGAGAGAGAGAGAGAGAGAGAGAGAGAGAGAGAGAGAGAGAGAGAGAGAGAGAAUCCGUAGCAUCCUUCCUUCCCGAGAGCCAGAGGAGGGAAAAGAGGAGGAGAGGAGCAAUGUCACUGUGUUAUGAUGACUCUAAGUUAGCCAAGAUCUUUUAUCUUCCUGUGUGUGUGUGCCGUGUUUGAACUUCAUCCGUGUUCUCAGGGAGGAUACGACGUAGUUCAGCUCUCGGUCUCUCUCUCUCUCUCUCUCUCACACACACACACACACACACACACAGGCACUCGUACAGGGACGCACGCAUGCUCCAUGCACAUUCCCAUAAGCGUGAGCGCACACACACUCCACACAUUCCACGAGUCUCAGGCAGCUGAAGUCUGCAGUAUUUUUGCAUCUUUGCACACACACACACACACACACACAUGAUUGAGAGGCUGGUGGUCUGAAUAUGUCUCUCGAAUCCAUCGACUCCAGAAUCCAGCGUCACAAUCAUUGGUUGACAUCGAUUCGUUUUAAACAUGCCAGGCUGUCGUUUCACAGUCACGUCUUUUUAUUAAAGCCACACUUCCAGCGAUCCACGAGGAAACGUCUACUUGUGUGGUUUGUGCGUGUUCUCAGGCGAGGCCCACGGCUUCUGUUUAUUCUGUAAAUGUACAAAUAUCAUGCAUCUGAACUCAUAACGCUAUAAACUGUUACUUGAUAUCAGCUUAUCUUUCUCCACGUGUUGGUUUUCUAAUAUAUUGAAUGAAUGUUGGCACUUAAUAAAAUAUGUGUGUUUGUA